AUGGAUCCCUGGGACCCCUCCCAUGCCAACGCCGACACCAUCGCCGUCGACAACAAUGACGGCAAUACCACUGCCCCCACGACGGACUGGGACUCCGGCGAUAGCGAGGGGGUUGACUAUGUUUACAAGGCCAGGAGGAGGAGCUUUGAAAAAGGCUCUGCCAAGGCCAUCAAGAGCAGCCCCCCGGGACGGCAGAGAUCACCGCGAGGCCGAGCCAAGGUCCUCGCAAAGGGCAUCGCCAUCCGCUGCACAUGCGGAGCGGCUGAGGCGGCGGCGGCGGCGGCGGCGGCUCGUCGGGCGGCCGGCCACGGUGGUGGCUACCACAGCAACAACGAGUCGACCGCUUUCGAGGAUGAUGACACUGAUGUCGAGGAGAAUCACACGGAGCAUGCGUGCUACGGUGCUGCCGCCGCAGACGCCGCCAAACAAGGUCAUGGUCGCCGACUCUCUGCGCACCGCCGAGGAGGCCGCCGCGGCAGCACAGAGGCGGAGCGCGAGGAUACGGGCGAGGAUGGCACUGGCAAGGACCGCGGCGUCGGAAACGGCGGGCGCGGUGAUGGUGGCGGCGGCGGGAAGAAGAUGACGUCGCCCAGCGGGAAGAAGCUGCCCAGCAAGAACAGGAAGCGGACCCCCUACAUCGAGGAAUACCCCGGCGAGCCGCGCCGGCCCGUGAUCCUCCUGAGAGAGCACAAGCUUCCCCGCAGGUUUUCCACCUCGGAUGCGAAGCGCGUGCGCGAUCUCGAGGAUGGCCCGGCCUCGGUGUCGGGGGGUUCGCGAGGGAGGUCCCCUCCGUCGUUCGCAGGGAAGCGUCUGCCACCGGCGUGGGCGGCGUCGUCUUCGCCGACCCACAAGUCACCAAAGCACCAGAUCCUAAUCAACGCCGCCAAGCACCGGUCCGACGUCGACGACAGCUCGCAGUCCGAGUCGGAGCGCGAGCCCACCACGCCACGCCACCGCCGCCGCCAGCAUCAGCAACACCCCGGCCACGUUGACGGCGGGGCUGGGCACACGUCGACGGCGGCUGGCACUGCCAUUCCCGUGCCGGCUUCCACCGUCGCCCGGAGCUCUGCCUGGACCAGCCACUACAGCCGCGAACAGCAAGAGCCGCAGUACUCGUCGUCGUGGCCGAUGCAGAGCGGAGCCCACUACCCACGAAACACCAGCCGCAAGAGACGCAGCAGACACUACGACCAGGGUGGUGACGACGUUGUCGGUGGCGGCGGCUACGAGAGCGAGGACGAGAGCGACGACCAGCUCUCAGCACGCCGCCGCGACCGCAACCACGGCACUCGCCACCCCCACCACCAACACCACUACGACAACCCCGACGAGGAGGACAGGGACACGGACACACUUGCUAACAGCACUGGCGUCGCUGAAAACGCACGCCAGGCUCGGCAACGGCCUCACGCAUCUCCUCCCCCGCCGCCGAUCCACAUCAAGGCGCCGCACCGGCGGCCGCGGCAGCACUCGCCGCUGCGGCCCGUGACGGUGGCCAGCCGGCGCAGCUUCGCCACUGGCGCCAGGGGCCGGUCGCCGACGGGCACCGAGUUCUGCGAGAUCUGGCGCGGCCGCCCCGAGGACUGGGAGUCGCCCUACAACUCGGACCUCGAGGUCGGCGGCGGCGGCGACGACGACGACCCGGGCCUGCUGCUGCUGGACGAAACGCCACGGCACCAGCCCGCCCUGCUGCCCCCGCCCGCCCUGCUGCCGCCCCCGCCCGCCCCGUCCACGCGCCGCUCGGCCUCGAGGACUACGCUGGGAAGGGGCGGGGCAAAGUCGCUGCUGUCCACGCGCCGGUCGUUCUCGCGGUCGCGGUCGCGCUCGCGAUCCCUCGCGCCAGCCCGCUCGAGGGGCCGCUCCAGCCGCCGAAGGAUCGUGGCAACGCCGGCGCCGGCGGUGGCGGCCGAGUAUGUCGACGCCAGCGGCAUGGAGCUCGGGCCGUUUCUGCUGCUCGACGGGCCGCCGUGCGCGUCGCCAUCGCCACUGCUGCCCGAGACGAGGAGCCGCUCGGUGCUCUCGCGCGGAUGGGGCCUCGAGCAGGACCCGGACCUUGACGGCGAGUGGGAGCGGCAGCGCAGGCUCGUGCGGCGGGAGCCGUCGCGCGGCAGCCCCCGCAACCUCGAGUCGGCGACUCCGCCGCUCGCCGCCUGGGAGCUGGAGAUCCUGCCGCCGCGGCGACGGCGCGAGGACGUCCGGCCGUCGCGCCGGUGGACCAUCGACAGCCACUACCCUGACGCUGGAAGCUACUACAACGUGGCUAACUUCGACUUUACCCACAACAACAACAACAGCUAUGACGGCGGCUACAAUCACCACAGAACCUUGAACAAUAUCAGCAAUAAUUACCCCCCCCACCACGACCAGUACAACGACAUACCCUUCAACUUCAACGCCAGCAACGCCAUCGCCCCCAUGCCCAUGUUUGCCGAGCCUGAGGUUAUCAUCACUGCCACAGCUCCCGUUCCUGCACCACCACCACCACCACCACCACUACCAGCAGCUCCGCCCCAACUAAACUUGCGCGGCGGCGGCGACGACGGUGGAAACAGCAACGGCACUGGCACCGGCAGCGCCUGGCGCCGCGGCGUGUCGCGCGGGCCCGUCUUCUUCGCGGCCCGCCGCACGCGCGAGUUCCUGUGCCCGCAGCCCAAGCGCGCCGCCCCGUCGGCGCGCUUCAACUUUGACGCCUGGGCUACCACGCGCAGCUCGCUGGCUCUGCCGCUGCUGUCUACUGUUGGUGGUAGUGGAGGUAGUGGAGGUAGUGGAGGUGGUGGAGGUGGUGGAGGUGGUGGGAGUGGUGUGGGAAGGCAGAGGGGUGGGCUGGCGGCCGCUUCGAGGUCCGCGCUGUCGCUUGCUGCUUCUGCUGCUUUUCUUUGA